UUUUUACACAAGCACAUCACGACAAGCGUCUACUUUACGGCAUUCUGGGAACUACAAUUGCGCAGUCGCAGUUUGCUGACCUUCCAUGGUUCUGCAAGCAUGGCUGUCCGGGCACUUACGAGAGGCCUUUUAGGGUUCCGAUACUCACGGGCUGCCACAGUAGCAUCCCCCUGUGGUGGGCAUCACUAUGUGACAGCACCGUCUGUGAAGCCACCUCAACCCCAGGCUGACGAUGUUACAGAAAAAAUAUUAAACCAGCCCCUCGAGAAACCAGACUUUUUCCGUGUGGCUGAGCUUUUCUCCUUGAAAGACUUGUUCGACGCCAGAGUGCAUCUUGGUCACAAAAAAGGUUGCAGGCACAGGCUCAUGGAGCCGUAUCUCUACGGCUGUCGUUUGGAUCAUGACAUUAUCGAUCUGGACCAGACUAUGGAGCACCUUCAGCUAGCCCUCAACUUCACCGCCCACAUAGCAUAUCGCGGCGGCAUCAUCCUGUUUGUCAGCAGGCGGCGUCAGUUCGGCCAUCUGGUGGAGACCACCGCCAAGGAUUGUGGGGAGUAUGCGCACACGCGGUACUGGCAGGGCGGCCUCCUCACCAACGCCAAUAUCCAGUACGGCCCAGGAGUCCGCCUACCGGAUCUCAUCAUUUUCCUUUCAACUCUCAACAACGUCUUUCAGCAGCACGUGGGCAUCAGGGACGCAGCCAAGAUGAACAUUCCCACAGUGGGUGUGGUGGACUCAAACUGCAACCCCAGCCUGGUGACGUACCCCGUGCCCGGGAACGACGACACUCCAGCUGCCGUCGAGCUCUAUUGUCGUUUGUUUAAGAUGACCAUUAACCGUGCCAAAGACAGAAGGAAACAGAUGGAGCUCCUUCAUGGUCUGUCAGCGCCCACCUCGCAGACCUCAUGAUAUGCUCUUAAAUAAAAUAAAAAACAAGAGACGUUGAAAAGCCUACAUUCUUUAAUCUGUAGCUCAUCAACUGUGUAGUGUAUCCUGUUUUAUGUUGAUACACUACAAAUUUGAAAUAAAUUUUGGCUUCCUCCUUCCAUUAUACAUCUGCACUUGGAAAACAUCUGGUUUAACAGUCAGUAAAAUAUGGCUCAAAGUUCACAUUGGCGCAAAUUUAUGUGAAUAUCACAGCUCUAAAUCCCUGAAAUAACAAAGUGGUGAUCCAUUGUGGAAAUCCUGGCGUGGGAGAGUGAUGAUUAUUUGCAGUUGCAGACUGAAAGAAAAGUAUGUGAGUCAUUGUCACAACUGUAUUUGCUCUGUUGCAGUCUAUGUAAGUGUUUAGGCCAUGAAAUAUGUUUCCGUAAACAAAAAUACCUCUGCAGAAAGUCAGCCAAAUGAUGGAUAACAUAAGCAACCUUUGAACUACACAUGAACAUUAAUUAAAUGCAGUUUCUGAAAGUGUA